CGAUUGUAAGUGGUGAGAUCCUGUCACAUCCUGCCUGUAGUAAGAUCAAACGGCACGGCUACAGGUCUGUCUGUGUAACAGAACGCCAACAAGAUGAUGCGAUCAACUCUCAAGGUAAUAGCCAGCAGAUUCGCCCUCUCUCCCCUCCCGGUGACACGGGACAUCCUGGGAUGUUCUAUAUAUACCGGCAAAAAAUCCUUCUACUGGAAUGCAGUGGGCCAAGUUCCGGACUCUAAAACCCCAGUGUACUGUAUGCAGUUCGACGUUUCGGACCUAGAGGAGCAUGACGUCACUAGCUUUACAACCACUCUACAGAACGAUGUGUCCAGCCUGAAGCCGGACAUUGUGUACAUCCAGCAGACGAAACAGAGCGUUCCCCUGGAGGAGAUCGGGCUCAGGAUGAAGGGAUUGGGUUACGAAGGAUACGAACAGAGGGUCACGCCAGAACUUAAACAGGCUACCUAUUUCCGGUCCAAUCUCCUUCGCGGUUUAUACGGUAGCCCGGUAGUCACAAACGCGGCAACGACUGGAUGAAACAAAAUACACGAUUGGUCCGAAUUUCGCUUUGCGUUCUCUUUUGGAACUCCAGUGGUCCAUUUCAAGCGACUUCACGAAUUCGUCCGUGCCGAUCACUAUAGAUUAUUAUAUGACAUGACGUAUUUGAACUUCUACGUGUACAGUUACAGUUUUUCGAAACAACUCGACAAUUGAUACACUUUCGGGAUGUGUACAGUGUACCACCGACUCAAAGACAUCGCGUACUUCACGUACACCAUUUUCCUUUUUCCACAGUUUUGUAAAUAUUGUUUAAAUAAACUUUGCAAAAACCAA